AUGAUUACCAGGAAACGGCUGAUUACUUCUUGCAAGCCGUGCUAUCUCGCUAAGAGGAAGUGUGGGAAGGAGAAACCAGCGUGUCGACGAUGUUCACGUUUGGGAAAAAACUGCGAUUAUUUUACGGAGGAGCAGAUUAUCGAGCGAACUUACAAUAGAAAAUAUACUAGCCAGCCUAGAACUAAAAAGCAUUAUGAUUUGGGGGUUGAAAGGCUUGACUCUAACACGCAGCUUGUUCCCGAAACCAGGAAUCUGGAGAAAAAGAAUUUCAACUUAAUCAUCAGCUCUACAGGCGAGUACUCGAAGUAUUUUUCGCUUUUCUUUUUUCCGUUCGCAGAAAAGGAAUCAAAUCUCAGUACGAUCAUCGGGUUCGGUCAUGAUGACCAUGGUCGGUGUGUUGUCUUUGAUUUCACAAAGCCUGUGAAACCUUUAUCUGGUGUCCGCGACCUGGUUGAGCGACUACCGUCUCGAGGGGACUGCAAUUUUCUUGUGAUGUAUUUUUUCGAAAAUAUCCAUCCAUAUAUACCCAUUAUAGAUCAAGAGGAAUUUUCUAUCCACUAUGGGCAGUUGUGGAAUACGCAAGAAAAAUACAGAGAUCUCAAUGGACUUCUUGAAAUACUAGCAGUGCUGUUUAGUAGCUCACUGGUGAAUCAGCUGUCCAAUAUGUAUCAUUACGGAAGCAUGCAACAUAUUAGUGACAAAGUGGACUUUGAAAAUGUCAAGCUCAAUAGCUUCCGUGCAAUCGAAAACAUCAAGCAUUGGAUAAGCAUAAUGAACUCUCCCUCCAUGUCAUCUCUUGUCGCGGCCACCCUUAUUUAUUAUGUUGGGUCGCUGAACUGUAUUGGGAAGAGCAGUGAGAUAGCAUCUCUCAGCCGUCUGUGUCAGAUAGCGGGCCUACACAGGAACUUCUCGGCUCAGUCAUCUGGAAGCUCCCUAAGAUACAUUCUUUACAGUUUCAUUUCCUACAUGGACUCGCUGUCAUCGUACUACAGUGGACUGCCUCCUACUAUGCAUCGGGAUUUCUGCGAGACCUACAAAAAUCUUCCAACCGAUCUAGAUCACCACUCACUGGUCUAUUUGUCUAUACAGUUCUACAAUGGGAUCCUCUGGGGAGACAUCAUCGCAGAAAUGAACAAAAUUCGAGUUACCACUCAGAGUGAAUAUGACUCUAUAUUUGAGCGCUUUAUUGAUACACAACGGCUGGUCAAUAGUUUGAAUCACAGGCUAUUGACAGAAUUCGAUCUUGAUCCUAUCUAUGCAAAAUGGCUACUCACCGAGGGAAGGCUUGGGAUUCGCAAAUCAGCUUUACUCAUUAACAUAUUGAGGGAUUCCAUCGUGUCUUCAGAAGAUUCUUUGGAUGAUCCUAGCUACAGUCUCCUUCUUCAGUCGCUGCUACUGGUCAAUGAGUCUAUGAUGAAAAUUGAACUGGAACUUCGAUGUAAGCCUGCAUGUCUGUGGGUGAUCAGGAACUCAUACCCAUUCCAAGCUUUGACUAUAGUACUGAAGCAUAUCCAGCAGCACCCUAAUGAUGAAGUUAAUUUUAGCAUGCUUCCAGUCGACGAAGAGUAUACCGCCGAUGAAUUGUUUGACUACGUAAAUGGUGAUAUCAGGGCACCACUAGUGAGGAAAUGCAUCCAUUCGCUAGAAAAGAUCAAGGUACUAUGGCCAGCUGUGUUACUCACAAGAUUUGAUGGGGUGAUCAAGGUUAAAAAUGAAGUGCUAUGA